AUGACGUCAUCACCGCACCUCCUCUCCUCUAGCCGCAGUUCUCUCUUUCUCCAUCCCCACGCUCCCUCACUCCCCCGACCUCUCCCCGCUACCUCCCCCUCUCCGGGCCUCCGCUUUCCCGCGCUUCCCGCUCGUCCCCGCGCGGCCGUGACGUCACGCCCUCCGCAAACCACCACAGGGGGAGGGGGAAGCUCGUCCCCUCGUCCCGCCGGUUCCCGGGAGAACGGUCUUGCAGGCGACCCGUCCGGCGGGGAAAUGCGGGCAAUGGAGCAGCUGGAACUGGAGAGAGGCGUGUGUAACCCUUUCAAGAAGUACACACCCGAGAUGGUGAGUCAACGCUGGUUUCACCAUGCCGCGUUCGCCCUUCCGUCCCCUCGUGCCCACUUCCCCUUCUUUCCUUCUUCCUGUCCUCCCCAGGUGCGAGCGCGCGCCUUCAGCUCCCCCUCGGCCUUCUUAGGCAUCCUGCUGCGAGGCACGGAGAUCGUGUGGGAGCUCACCAUGUUCUUCCUCUCCCUCUCCUACGACAAGCUCGUCGGCCUCGACGAGCGCAACGUGCCGACGCGCGCCGCCCAGCUGCGCCGCCUGCUGUGCCGGCUGGGCCCGUCGUUCAUCAAGUCGGGGCAGGUGCUGGCCAACCGACCGGAUAUCAUCCGAGAGGAUUAUAUGAACGAGCUCUGCAUUCUUCAGGAUGACGUUCCUGCCUUCCCCACUCAGGUGCUGGCGAACCGACCGGACAUUAUCAGGGAAGACUAUAUGAACGAGCUGUGCAUCCUUCAAGACGACGUUCCUGCCUUCCCCACUCAGCUGCGCCGCCUGCUGUGCCGCCUGGGCCCGUCGUUCAUCAAGUCGGGGCAGGUGCUGGCGAACCGGCCGGAUAUCAUUCGGGAAGACUACAUGAACGAACUCUGUAUCCUUCAAGACGACGUUCCUGCCUUCCCCACUCAGGAAGCGUUUGCUAUCAUAGAGGCCAACAUGGGGGUGCCGCUGGAGGAGACCUUCAGCGCCAUCUCUCCCACCCCAGUAUUGACCAGCCGACCAACCAAGCUCUUCCCCAAUCCCCGCCACCAACCACACAUCCCGUCUUGCCCUCCUUCCCCACCCCCCCUCUCCUCUUCUCCCAGGAAGCGUUUGCCAUCAUCGAGGCCAACAUGGGGUGCCCCUGGAGGAGACCUUCAGUCAGCGCCAUCCCUCCCGCUGGGUACUGACCGGCUGACCAACCAAUUUCUUCCCCUUACCCCCUCCAACCGCCCUACAUUCCCGCCCUCCCCCUACCCUCCCGCAGGAAGCGUUUGCCAUCAUCGAGGCCAACAUGGGGGUGCCUCUCGAGGAGACCUUCAGCGCCAUCUAAUUGCCUUUCUACCAGCCAACCUGCUAUCCUUCUUCUCUUCCCCACCUUCUCCCUUCCCCGCAAUCCCUCCCCUCCCCCCAGGAAGCGAAGCGUUUGCCAUCAUAGAGGCCAACAUGGGGGUGCCUCUCGAGGAGACCUUCAGCGCCAUCUCCCCCGAGCCUGUUGCCGCGGCCAGCCUCGGGCAGGUCUACCGAGCCAGGCUGAGAGCCUCGGGAGCCGAGGUGGCAGUCAAGGUGCUGCGACCCGGGAUCGAGCCGGUGCUGCGGCCGGGGAUCGAGCCGGUGAUCUACCGCGACCUCUUCCUAUUCCGCACGCUGGCGUCCUUCCUGAACGGCAUCUCCAUUCAGAAGCUCGGAUGCAACGCUGAGCUCAUCGUCGACGAGUUUGGCGAGAAGCUGCUGGAGGAGCUGGACUACCGCCAGGAGGCGCGCAACAUCCAGAGCUUCUACGAGAAUUUCCUGGGAGAUUCGACGGUCAAGAUUCCGCUGUGCUGCGCGGAGAUGAGCGGGGAGCGGGUGCUGGUGAUGGAGUGGAUCGACGGGAUUCGCUGCACCGACCCCCAGGCCAUCCGAGCAGCGGGCAUAGACACGGAGGUGUUCCUCACGGUGGGAGUCAGUGCCGCUCUCCGCCAGCUGCUAGAGUUCGGCCUCUUCCAUGGCGACCCGCACCCAGGCAACAUUUUCGCGAUGAGGGAUGGGCGCAUAGCCUACGUGGACUUUGGCAACGUGGCGGAGCUGAGCCAGUACAACAAGGAGAUCCUCAUCGACGCUAUUGUGCACGCUGUCAACGAGGACUAUGUUGAGAUGGCUGGGGACUUUACCCGCCUGGGGUUCCUGGCGCCCGGCACGGACGUGACUCCCAUCGUGCCGGCAUUAGAAGCCAUCUGGCAGAACAGCACGGGGCAGAGCCUGGCGGAUUUCAACUUCCGAACCGUCACACGGAAGUUCAACCAGCUGGUGUACAACUUCCCCAUCCGCAUCCCAGAGCGUUUCUCCCUCGUCAUCCGCUCGCUGCUCACCCAGGAGGGCAUCUGCCUCUCCCUCGAGCCCAACUUCAAGUUCCUCGAAGUGGCCUACCCCUACGUGGCGAAGCGCCUGCUUACCGAUCCGGACCCCGCUCUGCGGUCCCGGCUCAUCCAGGAGGGCGUCUGCCUCUCCCUCGAGCCCAACUUCAAGUUCCUCGAAGUGGCCUACCCCUACGUGGCGAAGCGCCUGCUUACCGAUCCGGACCCCGCUCUGCGGUCCCGGCUCAUCCAGGAGGGCAUCUGCCUCUCCCUCGAGCCCAACUUCAAGUUCCUCGAAGUGGCCUACCCCUACGUGGCGAAGCGCCUGCUUACCGAUCCGGACCCCGCUCUGCGGUCCCGGCUCAUCCAGGAGGGCAUCUGCCUCUCCCUCGAGCCCAACUUCAAGUUCCUCGAAGUGGCCUACCCCUACGUGGCGAAGCGCCUGCUUACCGAUCCGGACCCCGCUCUGCGGUCCCGGCUCAUCCAGGAGGGCAUCUGCCUCUCCCUCGAGCCCAACUUCAAGUUCCUCGAAGUGGCCUACCCCUACGUGGCGAAGCGCCUGCUUACCAAUCCGGACCCCGCUCUGCGGUCCCGGCUCAUCCAGGAGGGCGUCUGCCUCUCCCUCGAGCCCAACUUCAAGUUCCUUGAGGUUGCCUACCCUUACGUCGCCAAGCGCCUGCUGACUGACCCCGACCCGGCUCUGCGCUCCCGGCUGAUCGAGCUCGCCCUGCCGAUUCCGGCCCCAGCCUUCCUUACAGGCUUCUCCGCUACAGGCCCAGCCAGAGCCGCCACGUCAGCAGCAUCGGCGGUGGCGGACGGGGGUCUGGACCUGAGGGAAACGAUUCGGGAUGGGGCGCGCGUGCUGCUCAUGGACCCGGGGCUUAGAAGGCAGCUGCUGCUGGCAUUUACUCAGGACUCCAGGCUGCACGUUAAGGAGGACUCAAGGCUGCACGUUAAGGAGGUGAGCGCAAGGGGAGGGCAUUAUGAGAUAGGGAAGGAAUCGGGCGCGCGUGCUGCUGAUGGACCCGGGGCUGCGGAGGCAGCUGCUGCUGGCAUUCACUCAGGACUCACGGCUGCAUGUGAAAGAGGAACACCUUGGGAUGAGGACGGGGCGCGCGUGCUGCUCAUGGACCCGGGGCUCGGGAGGCAGCUGCUGCUGGCAUUCACUCAGGACUCCAGGCUGCACAUUAAGGAGGGAGAGGAGGGGGGGGAGGGGAAGACCAUGGGUUGGGGUUUGGGCGCGCGUGCUGCUGAUGGAGCCGGGGCUCCGGAGGCAGUUGCUCUUGGCAUUUACUCAAGACUUGAGGCUGCACGUGAAAGAGGUGGGUGUGAAGGGUGGGGUGACAAUGUGAGGUGGGUUUGGGUGUGCACAUGUGCUGCUGAUGGACUCAGGGCUCCGGAGGCAGCUGCUGCUGGCGUUCACUCAGGACUCCUGGCUGCAUGUGAAAGAGGUGAGGUGGGGAAGAGAAGGGAGGAGGACUUUUUGAUCGGGUUUGACCCAAGACUCACGGUUGCACAUCCUUAA